ACGGCAAUCGACUCUUGUUUGGUAGCCUCGGGUCUCAGUGUGGUAAAGCGGUAAUCCUGUCAAAAAACAGGUCGAAGUUUAUUAUCUGCUGCUCAAUACCAGACACAGGAACACCAGGGCAUAGAGGGCCCCUCCAGAUACAUAGAAUGAGAGAGAGAAAAAGGGAAACUUUUUGCCCUAGUUGGGACAUCGGGUCAGUUUUUUUUGGUUCUGUUAUGAAUUAAGGCACUGGGUUGGUACAGUUCAACAGUUACUUGUGGAUACGUUUAAGUUCACCUCUAGUUGGUGACAUCUCGAUACGCCUGACAACAACAAUAAAGACUUCUCAAAACCCAUCUGAAUUAUUGUGUUCACUCAACACAUUCAAGUCAGUAGCCCUGCACUCGACAGCUGGACAAUACAGUACUGGACUGUGGUGGAUUAUUACCUCACGGUAGUUUGACGUUUGUUCCUGUGAUGGGGAAGACUGGUCAGAGCACGGUGGACCUCAACUCACCCUCAGACGUGAAGCAGGCAGUCCCGUUUGAGGACCUGGAUCACAACAGUGUUCCUGCAGAAGAAGAGAAUGAGAAUAAAGUACCAGAUAGAGGAUCUUGGAAGGGAAAAUUUGACUUUCUACUGUCCUGCGUUGGAUAUGCCAUUGGGCUGGGAAAUGUGUGGAGGUUCCCUUAUCUGUGUGGAAAGAAUGGUGGAGGAGCUUUUCUCAUCCCAUACUUCACUACUCUGGUCUUUGCUGGUAUCCCACUGUUUCUGCUGGAGACGGCAUUAGGACAAUACAUGUCAGUGGGGGGGCUUGGAGUAUGGAAAUUAAUACCCAUGAUGAAAGGUGUGGGUCUAGCUUCUGUGGUUUUGUCCUUCUGGCUUAACAUCUAUUACAUCAUCAUCAUCGCCUGGGCUCUCUAUUACCUCUUCAGCUCUUUCAAAGCAGAGUUACCAUGGCAGACAUGUGAUAACCCUUGGAACACUGAUCGCUGCUUUUCCAACUACAGUCUGAUGGACACCACCAACCUGACCAGUGCCGUCACUGAGUUCUGGGAGAGGAACAUGCAUCAAUUAACAAACGGUUUGGAGGAACCAGGGGAAUUGCGCUGGCCGUUGGUUGGAACGCUAGCGUUGUCUUGGAUUCUUGUCUAUUUCUCAAUCUGGAAAGGAGUGGAGUGGACAGGGAAGGUGGUCUAUUUUUCCGCCACGUAUCCUUACUUCAUGCUCUUUAUUCUGUUUUUCCGUGGAGUCACUCUCCCUGGAGCGAUAGAUGGCGUCCUCUUUUACGUCACCCCAGACUUCAACAAGCUUUUGAAAUCUGAGGUGUGGUUGGAUGCUGCCACGCAAAUCUUCUUCUCUUAUGGUCUUGGUUUAGGUUCUCUUAUUGCUCUUGGUAGCUACAACUCAUACAACAAUAACGUCUACAGAGAUUCUGUCAUUGUGUGCUGUAUAAACUCCUGCACCAGUAUGUUUGCUGGGAUUGUCAUAUUUUCCAUUGUGGGCUUCAUGUCGUACAUCACAAAGAGACCCAUUGAAGAACUGGCUGCUUCAGGUCCUGGUUUGGCAUUUCUGGCCUAUCCACAAGCUGUUACACAGCUUCCCAUGUCUUCUCUCUGGGCUAUUCUUUUCUUCUCAAUGCUCAUGAUGCUGGGAUUGGACAGUCAGUUUUGUACAGUGGAAGGCUUCAUAACUGCUCUAAUGGAUGAAUAUCCCACAGUCCUGAGGAAGAGAAAGAAACUCUUCAUCCUCAUGGUCUGUAUUAUAUCCUUCAUCAUCGGUUUCUCCAACAUCACCCAGGGCGGUUUAUAUGUAUUCAAAUUGUUUGACUACUACUCGGCCAGUGGAAUGUGUCUCCUGUACCUGGUCUUUUUUGAGACAAUUUCCAUUUCCUGGUUUUACGGUGCAGAGAAAUUCUAUAAAAAUAUCGAAGACAUGAUUGGUUAUCGGCCUUGUGGCUUUUGGAAAUAUUGCUGGACUUACUUUACUCCAAUAAUCUGUUUGGGUGUUUUCACUUUCAGUGCCAUAGAAAUGACUCCUCUGACACUAGGGAAGUAUGUGUACCCGACCUGGGGUCAGGGCAUCGGCUGGCUAAUGUCCCUCUCUUCCAUGGUUUUGAUACCUGCAUAUAUCAUAUAUAUGUUCUUCACUACCAAAGGCAGCAUCCGACAGCGUUGGCAUAAGAUGACCAAACCCACAGAACUCACAACAUCGGAAAUCAAUGAUUCCACACAACAAUCCACACGCAUAGGAAGUACAGAUGAAGCUUCUGUCUGAAAUCAUCUUUUCUGUACAAUGGCCAUUAAAGACCAGUGGCUAAAUAUCUUUUCCUCCAUUCCAUUCUUUUUGUCUGUUGGAGAGCCUAUAACAGAUGGAAGUGGACUACGUACAUGUUCAUCGGUUUUCUCCCAUUUGAUUUCAUUUCAUGCCUCUCUGAUCUUGCAUCACGUAAUGUGAGGGGCCUGCAGUACCUGUGUCUGUCUUCAGUGGAGAAAGCAAUUUCAGUCACAGGAACAAUUGCAGUGAUUAGUAUAAAUGUAAAUGCAACCCAGGCAAUUGGAGACCUACAUAACUGUUGCAUUCCUGUGCUAUAUUACAUUUCUCACAGUAUUUAACUCAAGCUAGGGAGUGAACGGUUGCGUUUAGUAGUCUGUUUCUGGUCACA